GGAAGGAACUUGCAAAGAGUUUGUUUAACUUGUUCAGAUUUAAUUGAAUUAACCGACCGACCCUUGACCCGAUCAACGCCACAACAAUGAACAUGAUGGUCUUUUUGUUACAUUAUAGAAAACUGCUCGUGAAAUGGGUCAUUAGUGACAGUCGUGUUGAUGUCGCCAAAUAUUACCAAGCGCGUCAUCUAGAGGUUGGUGUGUCCCUCGCCUUUCCCUUUUUGGCUGGUCUUUCUCUUUCUCUUCCUCGCACCAAGAAGUUCAUCGCCUUCUUCUUCUUCUUCUUUCUCUAUAGUGGGUGGGGGGGGGGAUAUGGAAAAAAUGAAUUUCAGAAAUGGAUUUUUUGUUGUGAAACUCGAUGCCUUUCAAAACACGCUUUGUUGUGACUGCUCUGCCGCGCGCGCGCUCCAAGUAACAUGAUGUCUAAUUUUUGUGGUUGAU